GAAGAACACAUACCACCAUGGCAGCUAAGUUUAUCGUACUUUCCCUGUUCGUAGCAUCAGUCUACGGCAGCGGUGGUUACUCAAGCUUCUCCUAUGGUGUGUCAGACCCUAACACUGGUGACGUCAAGGAUCAGCACGAGAAACGCGUCGGUGACAGCGUCGUUGGAAAAUACUCACUUCUGGAAUCAGAUGGAACCAAAAGGAUUGUCGAGUAUGCUGCUAACGCCGCCACUGGAUUCAAUGCUGUUGUCCGCAAGGAACCUGCUGUUGGUGUGCAUCCGUCUGGACCUCUUGCUCCUCUAGCUGGAGCUGCACAUGGACCUGUAGCGCAUCCAGCUCCAUUGGCGCCUGUUGCUGGCCCAGUCCGUCCCGCACCUAUUGCUCCUUUGGCUGGAGCUGGUCCCCUUGCGCACCCCGCUGCUGUACCUCAUCCCGGUGCACUUCCUCAUCCUGGCGCUCUAGCACACCCCGGUGCUCUUGGUUAUCCAGGUGCCCUUGCUCGUGGUGCUCUUCCUCAUCCUGGUGCUCUCGCCCACCCUGGAGCUCUUGCUCACCCUGGAGCCAUCGCCCAUCCUGGAGCACUCGCCCACCCUGGAGCAUUCGCCCACCCCGGUGCUCUGGCCCACCCUGGCGCUCUCCCCUACCCUGGAUCUCUUCCUCAUCCUGGUGCUCUUGCCCACCCUGGUGCGUACGGUGCCAACCGUUUUGCUGGCAACUUAGCGUAUCCUGGUUAUGCUAACGGAUACGGCAGCCCCUUGGCUGGUCAUCUUGGCAACCGUGGAGCUCCUGCUGUCUCUCACUACUCCCACUCUAUUGUUCACAACGCUGCUCGCCCCUACCCUGGACCUUACGCUGGAGCCUACAACGGUGCUUACGGUGGAGCUUACGGUGGCGCUUACGGUGGUGCCUAUGGUGGAUACGGAGCUGCGGCCCACGGACUCGCUAACCCUCACGCCCACGGACUAAUCAACCCUCAUGCGCACGGUGUUGCCCACAGUUAUGCCAACUCUGUAGCGCAUCCAGCUCCUCAUGGUCAUGGAGCAUAUGGUGCCCCGGCUCUUGGUGCCCCGGCUCUUGGAGCUGGUUUAGCCUGGUGAUGAAAUGACUGUUACUGAUCUGUGAUUUAGACGACUAAUAAAUUAUGAA